AUGCUCGAUCCUAAACCCUCCAUUUCCCCCACGGUCGACGUCAAGUCCGAUAUCUCCGCGUGUGCCACCAAAGACUCCUCUCCCACCAUGCUCCGCCCCGAGUCUGCCCAGUCCGCCCAGUCCGCCCAGUCCGCCCCUCGCACCUUUGCUCCGAAUGCAUCCCUUGUCUUGAUCGGCAUCCGCGGAUGCGGGAAGCGGUCGCUAGGAUUCGUCGCCGCGACCGCGUUAAAGCGACGCUUCAUUACUGAAGACCACUACUUCCGAGAGGUAACGGGCAUCACGCGACAGGAAUACCUCAAGCGGUAUGGCAGCCAAGAGUUCCAGCGCCGCGACAUCGAAGUCCUGAAGAUGAUGCUGGAUAACCACCGUACGGGCUGCGUCAUGGAGUGCGGACUGGCCAGUCUGACGCGACCUGUGCAGGAUCAUCUACGUCGCUACGCCCGGUCUAACCCAGUGGUGCAUCUGUUGCGCAAUAUCGAUCGCAUCCAGCAAUUGCUUGGGUUGGAGGACCAAGCAAUGCGGUUAUUACGGGAGGGGGACCCGAUGCAUCGGAUGUGUUCGAAUUUUGAAUUCUAUAAUCUUGAAGAUCGGACGCGUGCGUUAGACGAUGGGAGCCCGGAUCGCCGGUCUGUAGAUUAUUCUUUCAAGUUGCAAGAGGUGAAAGAGGAUUUUACGCGAUUUGUGCAGUUCAUUACUGGACUCGAUGUGAACUAUUCGAGCUAUGACUCGCCGUUCGUUCUGCUAGAGACACCGCCAGAAAUGCGCUCUUUUACACAUGCUAUCUUCGUGCGAUCUUCAGAUCUGAUCGCCGACAAUGUCAACCUGGCCGAGCUUGAGUCUGGCGGAGAUGCCAUCGAGCUGUGUGUCGAUCGCUGGAGCCCAGACAUGGCAGCCAUUGUCAGCAAACAGGUCUCUGUCCUGCGUCGAAAUGCGCGAACGCCUGUGAUUCUCUCAGUUGACAACUCCCCAACCGGCAUCGGCUCCUCAGAACCAGCCCUCUCUUCGCCUAGACGUUACUUUGACAUUCUCGAGCACGGUCUACGUCUGGGUGUGGAAUAUCUCGUUGUAGACCUGACCCAAGACACAUCCCGGCUGGCUGGGACUAUCAGAGGUCGUGGGAAUACCAAGAUCAUCGGCCAACAGGUGUUUGAACCAUCUUCUCCCGUUACAUGGGACAGCGCGGGCUGCGUUACCAUCUACAAUGAAGCUGAAAAGCUCGGCUGUCAGCUUGUUCGCCUCCUCCGAGUUGCAACAAAGCGCGAGGACAAUGCCGCUGUGAUUGAGUUCUGCAAUAAAAUCCGAUCACUCCCGGGAGAUCACCCACCGCUCAUCGCAUAUAACAUCGGCGCCCUAGGGCGCACCUCACAAGUGUUCAACUCGAUCCUCACUGCAGUAACACACCCAGCAAUCACCCAGUCCACAGAGAAUAAGCACGACCCGCAAAUCACCUCCCACGAUGCCGUCGGCGCACUCUUCCAAAGUUACAUGCUCGACCCGCUCAAGUUCUACAUCUACGGGGAGAACGUCGCCUACAGUCUAUCCCCGGCAAUGCACAAUGCCGCACACCAACACUGCGGCAUGGGCCACACCUACAGCAUCCCAGACACACCCUCUCUCACAGUAUUAGACAAACUGGGCCGAGACCCGCACUUCGGGGGAUCCAGCAUCGUGCAGCCAUGGCGCGUACAGGUAUACCAAAGGCUCGCCUCAAAAAGCCGACACGCCGAAGCCAUUGGGGCAAUCAACACAAUCAUGCCGCUCCGCGGACAUGCAGAUGGAACAAUGUACACACUUCAAGAACAAGCCAGCCGACGCAACCAAGCCGGGCGCGUGCUGGGCUGGUACGGUGAGAACACCGACUGGGUCGGGAUAAUGACUUGCAUAAGGCGACAUCUCUCGCCGCGCAACGCUAUCAGCGCAAAAACAACAGGCCUCGUCAUUGGCGCAGGCGGCAUGGCGCGGGCCGCCAUUUACGCCAUGCUCCGACUGGGGUGCCGGAAGAUCUUCAUCUACAAUCGCACGCAGUCGCGUGCUGAGGAAGUGGCACGCCAUUUUAACUCCUGGGCCUCGUCGCAGGUGGACUCGGCUGAUGUUGUUUGUGUCUUGUCGUCGCUAAAGGAAGACUGGCCUGCGGACGCUGCUCAGCCUAGUCUUGUUGCAUCUUGUGUGCCAGCUGAUCCGGACCGAGAUGAACCACCGGCGAACUUUGAGAUGCCUGUGCAGUGGCUUGGGAGCCCUACGGGGGGUGUGAUACUCGAGUUGGCCUAUAAACCCCUCGAUACACCACUUCUACGACAAAUGCGCCGAGUUCGUAGCGAGACUGGACGACCCUGGGUCCUAUCCGACGGUUUGGAGAAUGUGACUGAACAGGGCAUUGCUCAGUUUGAGUUAAUGACAGGUCGCAAAGCACCUCGGCGGCUUAUGACCUAUGAGGUUCUACGCAAUUAUGUGGGUGAUAGUGGGCGUUUUGACGAGAAGACUAUUCAAGCUCGUCUGGAUGGUGUUGCGUCUCCGAUCCGAGAGAAGGAAUGA